AGGGUGCGCAGGCGCAGUGACUGGGGAGGGAGAGGCACAGUUUUGCUGAGGAGAGGUGGAGGGCGCUCAGUGCCUGCCGGUGCCGAGAGCUUCAUUUAAGAACAGAAAUCAGUCUCUAUUGGAAGUUUGAAAACUUAGUGACUUUCUGCUACUAAGACAUGACGCUUCCAUUCCGAAAAGAUUUGGACAAGUACAAGGAUCUUGAUGAGGAUGAAAUUCUUGGCAAGCUAUCAGAAGAAGAACUGAAACAACUGGAAACUGUUCUGGAUGACCUUGACCCUGAGAAUGCACUUUUGCCAGCAGGCUUCCGACAGAAAGACCAGACUACUAAAAAGGCCUCAGGCGCUUUUGACAGAGAGAGACUUCUUGCUUAUUUGGAGAAGGAAGCACUGGAACAGGAAGACAGGGAGGAUUUUGUUCCUUUUACAGGGGAAAAGAAAGGGAAAAUAUUUAUCCCCAAGCAGAAGCCUGUACAGUCUUUCAUGGAAGAAAAAGUGUUUCUUGAUCCAGAACUGGAGGAAGCUUUGACAAGUGCCACAGAUACAGAACUGUGUGACCUUGCAGCUAUCCUGGGAAUGCACAACUUGAUAACAAACACUCAGUUCUGUGACAUAGUAGGAAGUAGUAAUGGUGUCAGCAAUGAAAGCUUCACAGACGUAGUAAAAGGUGAAAGGACGAUACCAUUUUUAGAUGAACCACCAAAUCCCACACUUGUAGAGGAGAGUUUGCAAAGGAUUAAAGAUAAUGACUCUCGUCUUGUUGAAGUUAAUCUGAACAAUAUAAAGAACAUCCCAAUUCCAACAUUGAAAGAAUUUGCUAAGGCUUUGGAAACCAACACCCAUGUGAAGAGUUUCAGCCUUGCAGCCACUCGAAGCAAUGACCCUGUUGCUGUUGCUUUUGCAGAUAUGCUGAGAGUGAACAAAAAUUUGAAAAGUCUAAAUAUAGAAUCAAAUUUCAUCACUGGGGUUGGCAUUAUGGCACUGGUUGAUGCACUAAAAGAGAAUGAAACCCUGUCAGAGGUCAGAAUCGAUAACCAGAGGCAGCAGUUGGGAACACCUGUAGAAAUGGAAAUUGCCAAAAUGCUUGAGGAGAACACAAAUAUCCUUAAAUUUGGAUACCAUUUCACACAACAGGGACCGCGAACCAAGGCAGCUGCAGCUAUCACAAAAAAUAAUGAUUUGGUCUGGAGUAUACGAGUAAAAUUUUCUGCAAAAGCCUUUUCAUCUCUCCAGCCCUGAAGCUACAGAGACAGUUCGCAAGAGAAGGGUUGAAGGAGACAACCAGUAAACCUUGCUGCUGCUAGAAUUGCAUUGUGUGGAGAUUUCAAAGGUCCUCAAGGCGCAUCUGCUCAUCAUGGGUGUUGGCAAUCUCAGACUUCAUUUACUUGGGUAGAAGGGAAAAGACUGGAAACCCCAUUCCUUUUUAGUAAAGUUAUAUUUAGAUCUGUGUGGAAUGCAUCACCUAUUUCAAUUUGAGACAUAGUAACUGCACCAGACUUUGCAAGGUCAGAUUUUUUUUUAGAACGUUUUUGUAUUCCAGACUUUAGCUAUACUUUCCACUAAAGUAAUGUAAAUUUUGAAAUCAGUGGAGUAGUUGUCUGUAUUCAAAGGAUGAUACAUGAAGGGAUCAAUGGGCAAACAAUGGAGUAUAUUUCUGAUAGGAAAGCUGGAGAUGGUUAUUUAAAUGGAGGGAUUUGUAUAUUUUUGAGAACAAUGUUUUAGAGAAAAGGGAUUCUUCACACAGAACAAUUGGACUCUUAUUUUGUAGCUGUUAGUUCAGCCUUCUUGUUCCUAUACACUGAACAUAAAUCUUUCACAGCUGUUAAAGUUGCAGUCCUUCCUUUUUAUCUUGAUUGGCUAAUAUGCUUUCCUGAUACUUUGAUAAAGCUCAAAAGUCAUCCCUUUUCUGAUGAAAACAUGAAUUGAAUAAGGGCUGUUUCUGCUCUCCAGUACAUUUGGAGGAGAACUAAUUAAAAGAUGAGGGUGGAUGUCUUGAAAAAUCAACAUCUGUACUUAACAAAAAAAA